GCCACUGUUUAGGGGAGCUGUUUGGAUUUAAAAUUGUGCAGCAACAGAAUUUGAAUAGUCGCUAGAGGGUGCACACCCCACCUACUCUUCAUGCAUGAAUAGUCUGGCCUGAUUAUAAACCGAAAUGGGCUUUUGAGUCAGUUUGUAACCGUCCCAAGCAACCGAAAGGGAGAAAAACGAACCUUUCAAUUCCGAACAGGACACGACUGAGAAAUGAGGUCUGCAAUGGACUCCAACAGUGAAGAAGAUGAUUAUCAUAAUCCCAUGCAUGCCUACCGGUACAAAGAAAACUAUUCUGUUGGGAAAAUCACAAAAGUGGUGGAUUACAAUAAAGAGGAACUCAAAAAGAGAUGUCCAGGAGGUCGAUCUGGCUCCAAUCCUGGCAGAGUAAAGCGGGUAGUAUCGUGUAAGAGGAAGACCCACCAUCUGACAGUGGCUUGGAAGAAGCAGUCUGUAUGUGGGAAGACUUAUGAUAUGGCCAACAAGGAGAAUGAGAUGAACUGUGCACAGGACAUGCAGCAGGAGAUAUUUUCUAUGGACCCUUGGGAGUUCCCAUCAGAUGUCAAUAACCAAAAGACAGGUGGAACCAGUUCUAAACACACUGACUACUUCACACUCACCGAGCUCUCAAUGGAUCAUCGCACAGUGAUGAAUGUGCUCUUUGGAAGAAACCUGAGAUUGAAAGUGGCCUUGUCUCUGUGGGAAAGAAAUGUUGGAGAAUUGUUGACAUAUUUCCUGAGAAUCCAGGACACUGGUGUGUUUGUUGACUUUCUUCCGGUAAUAACCAAAAGUAUUAAUGAAGAUUCUCCCAGCUUAUCCAUUGGCUGUUGUGUUGACCUUUUCCCAAUGGUUAAGAAAGUCCUCAACAACCCAUAUGAAGAGUAUCUUAUAGUUGGUUUAAAAUGGAUUAAUUCAGUUUUGAAAAACUGGUGGAAGGAGUUUAGAGCAAGUGGCCAUAGUGGAUUAACUGAUCAUCCACUGGAUAAAAAUUUCCAAGUCUUCAAUCAGCUAUUAUUGGAGUUGUGGCGCCAGGAACCUUAUUUGAAGUCAGUUCCAGGAAUCGCAGGGGACUUGGCAAAGGACAUUGAAUGUUACCUGUUCCAACUUACCUGAUGGUUAUGAAGAAUGAGAAGAUAGGUUAUUUCAUUCUGCAGCAUCCUGAAACAUUUAGAAGUCAUCUUAGACACUUGCAAAUGACAGACUCUAGAGGAUGCUGUUGUUUGCAUAGAAAUUAUAAAAAAUGUGCCUUCUACCUGGCAAAAAUGAUAUUAACUGUAUUUAUUGUACUGUGAGCCAGCACAGUAUAAUCCUUUGAUGUUUGUAGUUGCUCAAGUAACAUAGAAAUAACAUAAAAAUCCUCAAGUUCUGAAAAUAUGCAAUAUCUUUGU